AUGAACACGAGCGCUGCUAAAAGUUGCGCCGCCUCUUACGCCAUUGAGGUAAAUUCGUAUGAGCAGCAGCUCCAAACCAAUCAAAAAUUUGUUAUGGCGUUUCAGGAUCUGCCAAAAAACCUUACCAAUAAUGAAAAAUUAUUGGAGUUUUUCGGCAACUACUAUGCCGACACACUCAAAACGCCGGAGUUCUGCGCAACACUCCGACAACGUCUCAACCCUACAAAUAACUCUCCAUCGAGUUUGGAAGUAAGUGAUGACGAUUUUUUCCACGAUUUAUCGUGUUUUUAUAGGCAGCAGCUGAUGAUGCGAGUGACGCUGCGAUCCUUGGACGACAGCUUCAAUGAGAAGCUCGAUCGCAUCAAUACCUGGAAGAAGGUAUCCGCCGUCUUAUUUACUGCUGCAGCCGCGAUCGCCGCGACGGUAGCCGCCGUCAAUGCCAAUACCAAUAAGCCGGCGGCUGCGACGGCGGCGGCGGUCUCCAUCCUGUUAGUCGCGCUCGGGAAAUGGAUCAAUUCGCUUAUGAGGAAGCGUGAGAGCGGGGUGAAGAAGCAGAAGCAGAUUAUCGGCGUUAUGAUAAUUGGCGCAAGAAUCACCAUGAAAGAUCUGAGCAACAUUUAUGUAUUGUCUCGCCGGUUGCAGUUUGAGAUCGAUUCUAUGUCGGAAACGGUUGCGAACAUCAAUAAGAGAAUUCAGAAUUUACGAGACAAAGCUGUUGACUACAGCGGGAAUUUGAACUGGACUAGACAACUUGUGCUGCAGAGUAUUAGCGCUCUUAAUAAUGGUAAUUAA